AAAACAUUUUUGAUAACUGCAAAAAUAUUUUAUAUAAAAUCAACAUACUUUUUAAAAAUUGGAGGAACUACUUUCUGUGUUUUUCUAAUCUCUAUGGAUUAACGCGCCAAACUGCCAAACAAUAUCAUGAAUGUUUUGUCAACGUCUUCUUUCAACGUUCAACGUAAAUAUUUUGAAAUGAUGGGGAAAUCAAAAAUUUAAUGAAAACAAAAACCUUUGCAUAAGCAUAGUAAACCUAAACUAUGUAAAAAUUUUAGUUGAUAAAUUCACAGUCUUAUUGAAUAGUUGAUCUGUUGGAUGUAAUAUGUACCACAAUAUUCAAGAUAAAGUUCUUCUCUGCUAGUAGUGGAUAAAACAAGUGAAUUUUGAAAAUAACCGCAAAUCAAUGUUUUUAAAAAAGAACAGAAAACAUGUUGAUAACCGAGUACAGAAUACCUCUUCCACUGACAGUCAAGGAAUAUCGGAUAGGACAACUGUACACUACAAUGGAAAUGAGUAAAGAUGAGACUGGUGGCGGCGAGGGAGUGGAGGUGCUAGAGAACCGACCGUUUGAAGACACUCCUUUGCUUGGAAACACAUUCAAAGAAGGUCAAUACACCCACAAGAUCUAUCACCUUGCAAAUAAAGUGCCAAAAUACUUGCGGUAUCUAACCCCAGCUGGGUCUCUUCAAUUCGAGGAAAAGGCAUGGAAUUCAUUCCCGUAUUGCAGCACUGAAAUAACAAAUCCAAGCUUUAUGAAAGAAAAUUUUACCCUGAUUGUGAAAUCACACCAUUUCGACGAUGAUAUUGGUGAACAGGAGAAUGUCCACCAACUAGCUCCACAGGAGCUUCAGCAGCGCACUGUCGAAUUCAUAGAUAUAGCUAAUGAUCCAAUCAGGCCUUCUCUGUACAAUGAGGAGUACGAUCCCUCUCUGUACAAGUCCACCUAUACACAACGAGGACACCUCAAAGGAGACUGGAUUAGAACCACUAAGCCUAUAAUGACAUGCUACAAGCUUGUGUACUCUGAAUUCAAAUGGCUUGGUCUCCAGGGAAGAGUGGAAAAAUUUAUACAGAGUACAGAGAGAAGAAUUUUCUUUCUCUUUCAUAGAAUGCUGUUUUGUGGAAUGGAUAGCUGGUAUAGUAUCCCACUUAAUCAUAUUCGUGAUCUGGAAAAGCAGAAUGCACUUGAACUUCAAAGACGGCGGAGAGAAGAUGCAUUGAGAGGUUACACAGAAACUUCAUAGAACUCAAUUCUAACUUUUUCAAAAUAUAUUCUCUUAUCUACUGGA